UUUCAUAUAUUUUUGUCCUUAACCAAAAAUUCAUUUCUACUUCAAAUCUACAUUCUACUAUUACCUUUAAUUUCCUCUUUAUUUUGCAUGCUUUUUCACUCUUUUGAAUCUUUUCCCAACCCCCUUUUGUUCUCAUUAGUCAAAGAAGAAGUAAAAUGUGUUUACACAUAAUCCAAAAUAGUUCAACUUUUUGAUCUGUAUUUUUGUUGGUUUUCUUAGAGAAGAAAAGUUCAAUAAAUAUGGCUCCAGAAAGUAAUGCAAACUGGUUAUCAUUUUCUUUGUCUUCAAUGGAAAUGUUGAACAACUCUUCUUCUUCUGUUCAUCAUGAAUCUUCUAUGCUUCAAUCUAAUGACCCUUCUUCUUCUGCUGCUGAUAAUCAUCAAUACUAUUUUGCUGAUAACCUUUUCCCUCAUGGUUGGAUGAACCCCAAAAGUCAUCAGGUUAUGUAUUCAGAAAAUGAAAAACAAUUUUUUCAUCAAGGUUUAUUUUUGGAUAAUAAUCCACAAAUAAUCCAGCACCACCAGCAACCACCGCCGAAGCUUGAAGAUUUCUUCGGUGGUGAGAGUGAUACGAGUCCGACUCAGGACUCGUCUUCAUUGACUCACAUCUACCACCAUCACAACCAUGGUGGCCACAUGGCCACCUGUGAUGGUGGAUAUUUCAAUAAUGGUCAGCAAGAUGUCAAUGUUACUACGGCGGUGGCAAUGGUUGGUGGCUUUCAGAGUUUUCCGACUAACUCAGAUUCGGAAGUUGAUGACCCACAGGUUAUGGGUACAGAGUCAAGUAACGAGUUGGGGUAUACAGCUAGUAUUAAUGGUGGUUUGUCUUUGGGUGUUAAUAAUACAAAUUGUACAAAUAGCUUGGAUACGGCAAUAGUUACUGCAGUUGAUUCUGAGAGUUGUAAGAAAAUUACUGAUACUUUUGGUCAAAGAACUUCCAUUUACAGAGGUGUAACCAGACAUAGAUGGACAGGAAGAUAUGAAGCACAUCUAUGGGAUAACAGCUGUAAAAGAGAGGGCCAAGCAAGAAAAGGCCGUCAAGUUUACUUAGGUGGAUAUGACAAGGAGGACAAAGCAGCAAGAUCUUAUGACUUGGCAGCUCUAAAAUAUUGGGGUGCAACAGCCACAACCAAUUUCCCUGCUUCCAAUUAUACCAAAGAAAUAGAGGAAAUGAAGCACAUGACGAAGCAAGAAUUCAUCGCCUCCCUAAGAAGGAAAAGUAGUGGUUUCUCCAGAGGAGCUUCUAUAUAUCGCGGUGUGACAAGGCAUCAUCAACAAGGUCGAUGGCAAGCAAGAAUCGGUCGGGUUGCAGGAAACAAGGAUCUGUACUUGGGAACAUUCGCUACAGAGGAGGAAGCAGCAGAAGCAUAUGACAUCGCAGCAAUUAAAUUCAGGGGGUUGAAUGCGGUGACAAAUUUCGAGAUGAACCGGUAUGACGUUGAGGCCAUCAUGAAAAGUUCACUGCCGAUAGGCGGUGCAGCAAAGCGCUUGAAGAUCUCCCUUGAAUCGGAGCAGAAACCAUCGUUGAAUGAUAACUACCAGCAGACUCCACACAACAAUGUCAACAACAACCAUAGUAUCAAUUUUGGGGCGAUUUCCCCUGUAUCUGCUAUCCCCUGUGGACUGCCUGGACUGCCUUUCGACACGAAUCAACCUUUUUACCAUCACAGCUUCUUCCCACACCUCCAGUACUCGAGGAACGAUGUUGGUGCUUCUGAUCAUACUUCCGGUACAAUGCCAUUGCUUCCAUCACCCGCGGAGAUCUUUAUCUGGCCUCAUCAAUCCUAUUAGAUAGUGCGUUUAGCGUGCACUGCAAUGCGUUUAGGCUCAUUAAAAAUUAACCCCUUUGCGUUUAGAUGACCUUAUUUCUGACUUGCAAAAAUGUGUUAGCGUUGGCUAUUAAAUUAACAACUAUGUAGAAGGUGAAAAUAUUGUAAAAUAUCUUUUCUUCAACAGUUGCAGGAGUAGAUGCAUGUUGAUUAGGUACUUAGGAUUUGGGGGGUUUAUAAUUACUGCAAUCUCUGUGGGGGAAAAUUUUGGUUGUCUUGCAUCCUCAUAUUAUAGAGUUGCUAUUAGUACAACAUAUUAUUUGUUGAUGUUUGCGACAUCUUAUUUUUUCUACUAUAUAGAAUGAUACGAGCCAAAUGGCCAACUUAGCUUUUGAUGAUAGAGACUCAAGACUUGAUCACCUCGAGUAUACAAGAACAAUCAUGGAGGAUCGGUUUUGAGCAUGCCAUUAAGCAAGGCUGUGUUUGGAAGAUUGUUUGGAGUAUUAAAGACUUGAGGACUCACGGUUUUGGAUCACACUUAAUAGCUCACGGUUUUUGGAGCAUUGAAGAGCCUGAAAAUACUCUAAAAUCGCCACUCUACUUAAAGGUGUUUUGGUCAUUUUGUGCCUUUUUCUUACACUCCAUAGGAGCUCCUUUCAUUAAGGGCAUUAGGGUCAUUUUGUCUUCAUUUUGUAAUAACUAUAAAGCCUCUUUGGGUUAAUUUCAUAUUUGGUUGUUUGUUGAUGGAAGACUUUGAAACAUUGUAACACCUAAUUCUCUCUAGGUUUUGAAAGUGAAACACCUUAGUUGUAGGGUUUAGAAAAGUCAAUCGAAAUGAGGGCUAAUUCAAGUGUGGAUUCACUUGAGUUGCAACUUGGCUUGAAAUAUUGGUGCUUGAGGAGGUAACGUCCCUUUUGUGUUACCGUAAGAGUUUUAGUGAUUGUUUAUGUAGGUGUUAGAGGUCCUUAGAUUUGAUACAUCUUACUGUUUCUAGUGUUUAU